AUGAAUGUCAACCAGAUUGGAUAUCACCAGCGAUUGACUGUCAUCCAAACCAUCUUAGGCGAAUAUGAACUGAAGGCGAGAGACACUGUCAACGGAUAUACUUCAUUGGCAAAGGCUGAUUUGCGCCGUACAAGCCCAGCAUCUGCAGCACACUUUCCUGGUACGCAGCCAGGAACUGCUCAAGCGCCUUAUGGGGGUCUCUCCACUUUCAUCAUCCGUAUGGGCAACUUGAAGGUGCAUGACUUGAAUCAUACAAAUCGAGCAGAAGAUGAAGCGGCAUGCUCCGCGUUGGCGCGGCAAGCUUUGACUCUGGUCGGACUCGGUGGUCUUGUUCCCAACAUCUACGCGUGGAAGCCGGCCAAGUCUUUCGAGGAUCCUGACGAGGGGAACUUUGGAUGGUCUAUCUGCGAAUUCAAGCCUGACAACUGCUUCACACUGAGGACCUGUUUCACGAGUAAAAGGGGACGCGCUUUCGAGAGAGCUGGCGUGUCACGCAAACAUAGACAAACCUACGCUUCAAGCACAGAGACCUAUCCAUCAUCUGACUUGUAUUCAUAA